GCUAUUGGGUUUAGUUUGCUUAUGAUAAAUAAUUAUCAGACCUGCAUUCUUGCGGAUUGAAAAUCUUGACAGGUCACUUCAAGCUCUGUUAGACUCGUUCAUUCUAUGUCUAGAGUGCUGCGAAAUGAAUGGAAUGCUCCAUCAGGAUACUCGAUUAAUGUUGCCACUGCUAAUGCUACUCAGGUUUUGUUGGCAACUGGAGGAGGCCAUUUGGUUUACCUAGAAAUUGGUGAUGGGAUAUUGACUGAAGCAAAACAUGCACAGUUGGAGUAUGAAGUCUCAUGCCUUGACAUAAAUCCUAUUGGUGAUAACCUGAACUACAGUCAACUUGCUGCUGUUGGAAUGUGGACGGAUAUUAGUGUGAGGGUAUUCUCACUCCCUGACCUGAAUCUUGUCACAAAGGAGCAAUUAGGAGGAGAGAUAAUUCCUCGCUCUGUUCUUCUUUGCUCUUUUGAAGGGAUAUCUUACUUGUUAUGUGCCCUUGGAGAUGGUCAUCUUUUGAACUUCCAAUUGAACAUGAGUACUGGUGAGUUAACAGAUAGGAAAAAGGUGUCUCUUGGGACCCAACCCAUAACCCUUCGUACUUUCUCCUCCAAGAAUACCACACAUGUAUUUGCAGCAUCUGAUAGACCAACUGUUAUCUAUAGUAGUAAUAAGAAACUACUCUACAGCAAUGUCAAUCUAAAGGAAGUGAGUCAUAUGUGCCCUUUCAACUCUGCUGCUUUUCCAGACAGCCUUGCAAUUGCAAAAGAAGGUGAACUUACAAUUGGUACCAUUGAUGAUAUCCAGAAGCUUCAUAUCCGCUCUAUCCCUCUUGGGGAGCAUGCACGCCGUAUUUGCCAUCAGGAACAGUCUCGGACCUUUGCAAUAUGCAGUUUGAAAAACCAGCCUAGUGGUGAAGAAUCUGAAAUGCAUUUUAUCCGCUUGUUAGAUGACCAAACUUUUGAGUUCAUAUCAACUUAUGCUCUUGAUGCUUAUGAGUAUGGUUGCUCCAUACUUAGCUGCUCAUUCUCUGAUGACAGUAAUGUAUAUUACUGUGUUGGGACUGCAUAUGUUAUACCAGAGGAAAAUGAGCCAUCCAAGGGUCGAAUUUUGGUGUUCAUUGUUGAAGAUGGGAAGCUGCAGCUUAUCACUGAGAAGGAAACCAAGGGGGCAGUUUACUCUUUGAAUGCCUUCAAUGGCAAACUACUGGCUGCUAUUAACCAAAAGAUCCAAUUGUUCAAGUGGCAGGCCCGGGAAGAUGGUACUCGUGAAUUGCAGUCAGAAUGUGGACACCAUGGGCACAUACUUGCCCUCUUUGUACAAACUCGUGGAGACUUCAUUGUUGUUGGUGAUCUGAUGAAAUCUAUUUCCCUGCUGAUCUACAAGCAUGAGGAAGGUGCAAUCGAGGAGCGAGCCCGCGAUUAUAAUGCAAAUUGGAUGUCAGCUGUUGAGAUUCUUGAUGAUGACAUUUACCUUGGUGCUGAAAAUAACUUCAAUCUCUUCACAGUAAGGAAGAAUAGUGAAGGCGCCACUGAUGAGGAACGUGGCCGUCUUGAAGUGGUUGGUGAGUACCACCUUGGAGAAUUCAUUAACCGGUUCCGCCAUGGUUCACUGGUGAUGCGAUUGCCAGAUUCCGACGUGGGCCAGAUUCCCACUGUUAUAUUUGGCACAGUUAAUGGUGUCAUUGGUGUCAUUGCAUCACUUCCUCAUGAUCAAUACCUCUUCCUGGAGAAGCUUCAGUCAAACUUGAGAAAGGUGAUCAAGGGUGUUGGAGGAUUGAGUCACGAGCAAUGGAGGUCAUUCAACAAUGAGAAGAAAACUGUAGAUGCCAAAAAUUUCCUGGAUGGGGACUUGAUCGAGUCGUUCCUUGAUCUUAGCCGUGGCAAGAUGGAAGAGAUUUCCAAGGCAAUGGAUGUUUCAGUAGAGGAGCUGUGCAAGAGAGUUGAAGAACUCACCCGAUUGCAUUGACACCCUUCAUCCCCUGGAGUCCGGGUUUUAUGUUUCGUAUUCAUGGAGUUUUUCUUUUUGUUUUUCUUUUGUAUCCUUUAAAUUAAACCCCAUUAAGUGUAUUUUUUUUUUUUUAGUGGUUUGGAAGUUCAUCUGUAGAGAUUGUUUUAUACGUUUCUAACAAGUAAUGAUAACGAGGGUGAAAAAUUUGGAACU